ACGUUCUCCCAGAAUUCAUUGGUGCAAUAAAUAAAUACUUGACGUUUGCUAACAUGUCAAGCUAGCUGACUUGGAGCUUCUCCCGAGUAUUGUUUCUGAAAAUAACGUUAAACUAGACCCUAGAUAGCAGAUAUAUUGUUAAUUUUGAUUAAUUUGAACAGCUUCUCGUACAGAGCCUGUACUAAUGCUAGUUAGCUAGCUGGCUAGCUUGACAGUAUAACAGGAGCGCUAUACAACGUAACUGUUUUUUGUCACAAACUUAAAAAGCUUGAAUAUUUAAAUAAUGUCUGGACCAAAUGGAGAUCCAAACAUCUGCGCUGACGAUGGUAUCAUCGACGAUGAGGAUGAAUUUGGUGAAGAAGAGUACAUUGCCGUCAACUCGAUGCUAGAUCAGAUCAACUCCUAUCUCGACGACCUUGAAGAGCGCAACGACGCGCUUAAUGGCAAACUGCAUGAACUGCUGGAGUCAAAUCGGCAGGCUCGUCUAGACUUCAGGGCCCAGCUGCUGAGCUCCAACGACCAGGAAGACUGUCCUGCAGGUGGUGACGCCUCCUCACCCAGCAACGAAGACCCGAACAAGGAUGACGAAGGCUCACAAAUGACUGACAAGAACGAGUAGGUCAGCGGGUUGACUUCCAUAAGAAGCAGGGAUAGAAAUAUUUAUGACUGACCUCUGUGUGUUGGACUAGUGACCUCUAAACUGCAGUCAUGUCUGUCCGAUUCAUCCGUCAAUUUACACGGCAGUUCUUCCUUGGUGAAUUGUGCUGAUGUGUCGCUCCUGAGUAGAUUACAGCAGCUUCUCCUACAAGCUGGACAUCACUGUUACUUAGCGUUCCAUCGCAGACCUGAGAAAAUUAAAGUCAAAUGUGGUGCAAAGUAAACAAAAAAAAUGCUCACUUGUGUCCAGAAACUUGUUCAGGUUAAUGCAGGAGAUCAAAAUCACAUCAAAUCAAACAGAGAGAAAGAGAUUUUUUUCAAAAGGCAAUAAAAAAUGCAGAUAUACUUAUUUGAAAAAAAAAAAAGCUCAAAUUACAGAAUUUGUACUGGGAUUAGUCGGCUCUUAAAAAUGUUUGAUCUAAAUAAUAGGUUUUUCCUUUUCUGGAGCAAGAUAUUUGAAUGCCCUUGAUUAGAUUUCUGGAUUUAUUCAAGAUGUAUUUAAUGUUUGCUUUGGCUUUGUAAAAGCUUUAUUCGCUUUAACUACUGUACUGUCCCAAAAGUGAAUCUGCAUCAUUCCUGAUGUCUCAGUGUAUUGUAAUGUUUGAUUCAGCUACUUGUUGUGUUCCUGUUUAAGAUAAGUUUAAAAGGUGUCUGUAAAUCUUAAACUAUGAGAUAUAUAUAUAUAUAUAUAUAUAUAUAAAAUGAAGUCAACAAAGUGUGGGAAUUGUCAGACAUUUUAAUAUAAAUUAAGAUGACUCCCAAACAGAAAACAAACAUCCAAAAAUACAUUAAACUUCCAGCAGUUAGAAAACAUCACCUGUUUGUUCAUCUCAAUUUGUCAGUAGCUGAAUAAAAAUACAAUAAGAAACAUA